AUGCGACAAGCUGUAUUCUUGGUCGAGUCUGGGGACGACGACGAUGACGAUGCGGCGGACGCGGUGAUGCCCAAGCUAGAUUUUAUCAAAUGCACCACGUCGACCAAGCAUCAAGGUGAAUGCGGUGACGCGUCGCAACCGCUGACUCAUCCGAUGGAUGGGACGCCACUCCUGGUUCGACCGGCCAUCCCACGGCAUCGUCCUCAGGUGGCAUGUCCUCGACUGCCAGCAGCAGCAGCAACAACAACACACGAACAGGAGGGGGACGUCGAAGCCGCAACGGGGCCAAGUCAAAAUGCAACAAUAACACCCCCUGGGCCCCGGCUGCCACGCGUGAACGAGCUCGAAGAGCAACCGAUCGCUCACUUGGAACCCAACAGCGUCAGCAUGAAGCUGACCGUGCGGGGUCGCCUCAAGAGCCAGCGCGUUUCCAUCACCGACACCCCCACAGCACCAUUGCCGUCUCACCAAGCACGCGUACCCCAUGGUCGUGCUCGUGUGUCGGGAUCCGUGCUGCGGCACCUCCUCGUGGAAAGCAACGGCCGAGACACGGCCAUGAUGAGCGUCAAGACGACCGUCGCAUUGGUGAAAACGUGCACCAAGACCGCUUUGCUCAAGUUUAAACAAGGCCUGGGCAUAUCCGUGUCCAGGGUCAGUGCCGGAAAAAGUGUUUUCACGCGUGCUUUUUGGGGGUUUUACACGUGUUAUGAAAAGUGGGGGAAUUACGAGUGUUUUCUCAAUAACAACUUUAUGGAAUGGGGGGACUUGCGCGUGUAA